GAAAUGAAAGAAGCGACGCCGUAUAACAUCGGCCUUCAGUUCACUUGUCUCUCUCACUGUUCCUCAUAUUCUCUCUUCCGUCUCGCAUAAACUUGCAGAGGAGGAAACCGUAGCAAAGCCCUGGUUCAUCAGUCGCCAAAUCGAUUCCGAUCAGCGCGAGCCGCCGCCAGAUUCAAGUCUCUCUCUACAAGAUGACUCAAGACGUGGAGAUGAAGGAGGUCCCGGCGCCUUCCAACCCAGUUUCUUCGACUUCUCCGUCAACUUUACACAAUUUGAAGGAGAUUGCUUCACUCCUUGAGACUGCUGCUUAUACCCGGGAGGUUAGGCGGAUUGUGCGUGCCGUUAGGCUAACGAUGGUGUUGAGGCGGAAGCUGAAGGUUUCUGUGAUUUCAGCAUUCCUCAAUUUUGCCCUUACACCGGGAUCUGAGGUUCAUAGCCGUUUAUCGUCCCUUCUUCCCAAGGAUGAUGAACAGGAUAUGGACGUUGAUACCGCAACAUCUGCUACUCAAGUUCCCGCAAAACAUGCCUUGCCAGAGCUAGAGAUGUACUCCUACUUGCUUGUGCUCAUUUUUCUGAUUGAUCAGAAAAAGUACAAUGAGGCUAAAGCUUGUGCCUCGGCAAGCAUUGCUCGUAUUAAGAACUUGAAUAGGAGAACCAUUGAUGUUCUGGCAUCCAGGCUGUACUUCUAUUACUCCCUUAGCUAUGAACUCACUGGUGAUCUUGCAGAAAUUAGAGGAAAUCUCCUGAAUCUUCACCGGAUUGCCACUUUGCGCCAUGAUGAGCUGGGUCAGGAAACACUUCUUAAUCUUCUGCUUCGCAAUUAUCUCCACUAUAACCUGUAUGAUCAGGCAGAGAAACUGAGGUCCAAGGCACCUCGAUUUGAGGCUCACUCCAACCAGCAGUUCUGUCGGUAUCUCUUUUACCUAGGAAAGAUCAGAACAAUUCAGUUGGAGUACACUGAUGCAAAGGAGUCCCUCCUGCAAGCUGCUAGGAAAGCUCCUAUAGCAGCCCUUGGUUUUCGGAUUCAGUGCAACAAGUGGGCAAUCAUUGUACGCUUGUUGCUUGGAGAAAUCCCUGAGAGAACCGUUUUUAUGCAAAAAGGCAUGGAGAAGGCGUUGCGGCCAUACUUUGAACUAACAAAUGCUGUGAGAAUUGGUGACUUGGAGCUUUUCAAGAAUAUUGCAGAAAAGUUCUCGGAUGUAUUCAAUGCAGACCGAACCCAUAAUUUGAUUGUUAGGCUGCGACAUAAUGUCAUAAGGACUGGGUUGCGUAACAUUAGCAUCUCUUAUUCCCGUAUUUCUCUGGUUGAUGUUGCUAAAAAGUUGCGAUUGGACUCUCCAAACCCGGUUGCUGAUGCUGAAAGCAUUGUGGCGAAGGCAAUCCGAGAUGGUGCAAUUGAUGCCACUCUGGAUCAUGCAAAUGGAUGGAUGGUGUCAAAGGAAACUGGGGAUAUCUACUCCACUAACGAGCCCCAAGCUGCAUUCGACACAAGAAUUGCAUUUUGCCUCAAUUUGCACAACGAUGCAGUGCGAGCACUUAGGUUCCCACCAAAUUCCCACAAGGAGAAAGAAAGUGCUGAGAAGAGGAGGGAGAGGCAACAACAGGAGCAAGAGCUUGCAAAGCACAUAGCCGAGGAAGAUGAUGACGAGUUUUGAAGAGGUUAUAUACUGAGAAAGCCAGCCAUCUACUUUCCCUGUGCAAUGCUCUCAAAAUGCUGUGCCUGUUUUGUUUUCUUUUCUGAAAAUGUAUCAAGAAUAUUUUGAGUUCCUUGUCUGAUUGACUGGGAUAGCGUCCGUUUCCGUUUAUGUUACAGAUUUAUCGAGUUGGGCCUGAGCGACCUCCUCUUUCCGUUGAAUAUGAUACGAACAUUGAAUAUUUUACAUUUCGCCAGACAUUGAACAUGCUUAUCAGGUUACCAAAGU